UGCAGAGAGUAGCGCAGAAGAGACGACAUGAACAAAGUGACAGUACUACUCCACGUCCACACAAAACGCACCUUUCAUUUCCCUGAACAAUUAUUUAUUUAAUUUCAUAAGCAAUGUACUUAUGCUGCUUAAUCGUAAAGGAAAUAUAGACUACAUUAUUGGAAAUAGUCGGCAACAGCAAGAUUGCAACAUGCACCAGGAUUACCAGAAGCACAAAAUACCAGUGCAGCCAAAGAAACAGUGUCAACAGAACAGGAAAGGAAAACAUGGCAAACAAACACCAAAGUGUCAUCUUGCUGUUGUGCGGAAUCAGAGAGUCCCUAGACCGCCAAACGCAUUCAUGGUCUUCUCAAAUGAAUGGAGAAAUAAACUGGCUGCCCUGUACCCUGCAGACAGCAACACUCAAAUCAGCGUGAGUGGGAUCCGACCUGGAAAUACUGUCAACCAGACCAUGGUACAUCACAUUUCACUCAACGACAUCGAGAUGUCCGACGACACCCUACGACGUUUCUGGGACCUAGAGACCAUCGGUAUCCGAGAGACGCAAGACCGUGCGCACACAGCCAAGGACAUUGCUAUUCUUUAGGAGUUACAUGUAAAAAUACAUAAUAAAGGUAGACUUUGAGUUCAA